GGCAAUCUAAGAUGGCGGGCGGCACGGGCUGAGCGGAGUCGGGCGCCGGCUCGGCUUGAAUUUGGAAGCACCACAACCUUCUCUCCCUCCCCGGAAAGUUUUCGUUGGUCUAGAAGACGUCUUAUGGCAUCUAUGGUACUGCUGAUAAUUUGUAAGCUGGACUUGCACAGUGAAAUUGAGCCAUGGUGUCAUGGAAAGGGAUUUAUUUUGUACUUGCACUAUUCUUGGGAAGUUUUUUUGGAAGCAUCUUCAUGCUUGGUCCCCUGUUGCCACUGAUGUAUGUUUCCCCAGCUUGGUAUCGCUGGAUUACUGAUCGUGUUGUGGCCACUUGGCUUACACUUCCAGUGGCCCUGCUGGAGAUGGUGUUUGGGGCAAAGGUAGUUAUAACAGGUGAUGGAUUCAUCCCUGGAGAAAGAAGUGUCAUAAUCAUGAAUCAUCGAACACGAAUGGAUUGGAUGUUCCUAUGGAGCUGCUUGCUGAGAUGUAGCUACCUCCGACUUGAAAAAAUCUGCCUCAAAUCUAGUCUCAAAGGCAUUCCAGGAUUUGGUUGGGCCAUGCAGGUUGCUGCCUUCAUUUUCAUUCAGAGGAAAUGGGAAGAAGACAAACAUCAUUUUGAAAAUAUGCUGGAUUAUUUCUGUGAUAUUCAUGAACCACUACAGCUUCUCAUCUUUCCUGAAGGAACUGAUCUCACAGAUGAAACGAAAGCCCGCAGUGAUACAUUUGCGGAAAAAAAUGGACUUCAGAAGUAUGAAUAUGUCUUGCACCCAAGAACUACAGGCUUCACUUUUAUAGUGGAUCGUUUAAGAGAUGGUAACAACCUUGAUGCUAUUCAUGACAUAACAGUGGCAUAUCCUCAAAACAUUCCACAAACCGAGAAGCAUCUCCUAUAUGGAAAUUUCCCCAAGGAAAUUCAUUUUCAUGUCUGCAGAUACCCUGUAGAGUUCCUGCCAGCCUCUCGGGAAGACUUGCAAAUCUGGUGUCAGAAGCGCUGGGAAGAAAAAGAAAAAAGGCUCCGCCAGUUCUAUGAAGGCAAAAAGUACUUUGAUGUGACAGGGAGAAGCAAAAUCCCACCUUGUAAAUCUGAGCUCAGGGUCAUGAUUGUUAAGUGCUUUUCCCUCUUGUACUGGACAUCUUUCACACUCUCUGGGUUUGCACUGUUAUACAUGUACAACUUUGUACGGUGGUAUUUUGUGAUUGUGGUUGUCAUUUUUACUGUGCAACAAAAACUGUUUGGUGGGCUUGAAUUGGUGGAACUUGCAUGUCAUCAAUUUUUUAAUAGACGUAGAUUACUCAGCUAAAACAGAUGUUAAAUUUAUCUGAUGCGUGUACUGGUUGGAUGGGUGAUGUUUAUGAGCACUUUUCGGAUGUGCCAUAAACUUUUCGUAGUGGAAGGAAAUUUUGCAUGAGAAUUAAUUUUUCUUAAUGCUGUUUUGGUUAAUGCACUGUACUCUUAUUGUAAAGGACAAAAGUUCAUAUUGAAUUUUUAAUUUUUGAAUGUAUCAAUGUUCCUCUUGCAGCUAGCAUCUGCAACAUCACUGGAAAAGCAUUUGCUGACCAAUCAAAGUUUAUAUCCAUUGAAUUGUUUAAAUACAUAGCUCUAAAUUGCUGGGCAAAUUAGGGAGCUAAAAGUCAUGGACUGUGAUUCUUAUACUGCCUUGCUAUAAAUAAAGUGUGAGAUUUGAAAGUCCCAGCUUAUUACAUGAUUAAUAGUUCACUGUCUUCAUUUCUGUACCUUUAUCCCGUACACAGAGAUAAUGGAUGAUGCAGUUACUCUCAUCAGAAUCAGCAAAUGUUCUGGUCUACUGAAAGAGAAAACAAAACCCAGGACCCAGAGCUGGAUGAAUGCAGAUAGUCUAUUUUGACAUGCUGUUGUGUCACAACUGAACUAUUAUAACUCACCCUAUUUUGGAAAAAAAAUAAUAAUCCAAAAGUUAGUAGGGCUUACCUCUAAGUAAACAUGCUGGUAAAGGUAACUAAGCUGGUCACUGCUGUCUUUGCAAAUACUAGAUCACCUUCAGGAUCCCCUCCCUGUGAAUUUCAUAUGCUGAGAUCACAGUCCAUCUCAACUUCAGGUUUAGGCUGCCUUGCAGACCUAACUGCUAAAUGCUCAGGCAAAACAAAAUAAAACUGGGGGAAGCAUUAAAAUUAAUUUUUCCAUGAUAUAACAAUAGAAAUAAUGUUAAAAAUUGCCCCAUUGGAACUAUUAAUAUAAGAAACAUUAAGAUUUUUCUAUUAACAUUCAUCUCCUUUCUGAAAAUCUGAAUUAGAAGAAUAUCUUUUGCAUGGAAACUGGAGGACAUUUGUGAAAUGAGCCCAUGCUUGACCAUAAGCAGACCCCACAUGCUCCUACUCCACAUAAUGAGCUAGAUAUUUGCUUUGAAAUUUCCUAGUUGAACCUUUUUUUUCUUUCUGUGGCUGAAUAUCUUCCCUCCAGCUCUUUUUCAUGGAAUUAGGGUGAAUUCUUGAACUGGCUGCAGUUCCUCACUGCAUCUUUACACUUGACACAACAGGCCAGGACAUUUCUCUUCCCUGCACUGAAUGUUAGUAAUACCAGAGCGAUAAGGUAGCACAUGAAGUAUAUGUUCAUCAUAUUAAACGGCAUAGCUACUUCCAGAUCUUUUUCAGCCCCUGUUGCAGCUACAGUAACUUUUCAUACAACCAUUUUAUAAAUAAACUGUAUUAAGAGCUGCUUGCAUAUGAAAGGUCUAUAAACUGGUCUUAGAUUUCCAAUGUUAUCAGAAUGUCUAUGUUUUAGCCAUAAAAACAUAUUUACUCUAGAGCAACAAUAAAGAAUUUAAAAUGCAAA